AAAUUUCACAAUUGAUGCACUACUAAUCUAAAUAGGCCAUUGAUCUUAUGACCAGACGUCUCAUAGCCACAGGACAGCGUCCCGUAACAGUCGGCACGUUCUUCUCCUUGGGACAUUCAACGCACGUAGAUGGUAAUAUCCAUUGUUCCAGCAUCACGCAUACUGAUUGAUCGCUAGCAUCGUUGUCAUAACCUCCAUCGUGGUGGCCUCGACCGCUGCCGCUGUGUCAUCAAAAUUCGGAGCCUUCUCCAGAGUUGGCGGUAUCAUUGGAAGUUGCGUCUCCGCCACUUUCUUGAUUGUGCUUGGUAUCAUGAACGUGUUCAUUCUGUACAAACUCAUCAAACAACUCCGGAAGAUCAUCAACUCUCCCGCCAAUUCGCCUGAGCCCGAGUUUCAGAUCGAGGGCGGAGGAUGUCUUUUUCAUAUCCUGAAAAGGAUGUUUAAGCUCAUCGACCGUCCGUGGAAGAUGUACCCUCUUGGUGUACUCUUUGGAUUGGGUUUCGAUACGUCAUCAGAGAUUGCUCUGCUAGGAAUCAGUGCAAUCUCUGCUAGCCAAGGAACUUCAUUCUGGCUCAUCCUUUUGUUCCCUGUGCUGUUUACCGCAGGUAUGUGCUUGCUGGACACAACCGAUGGAGCUCUGAUGAUGGCUUUGUACACCUCAACACGUCUGGCCAAGGACACCAUUGCAGUAUUGUAUUAUCAAGCUGUCCUCACUGGCGUCACCGUCCUUGUCGCUGUGGUCAUAGGUGUCAUCCAAUUCCUCGGCAUGCUGCAGGGAGCUGCCGAUCUAAAGGGUGGGUUCUGGGAUGGCGUUGAGGUUGCUAGCGAUAACUACGACAUCAUUGGCGGUGCUAUCUGUGGAAGCUUUGUUGUUUUUGGUGUCCUGAGCGCCAUUCUGUAUCGCCCAUGGCGUAAAAGGGUUGAUGCGAAGAGAAACGCGCUCGUUCUAGAAUACGAAGAAGACGAAGCAGAUACCGAUCUGAGAAGAGGUGGAGAUGUCGGAGAAACUCACGGUGAACCUGAACUUGUGCAGGAGCAGACUCAAGAGCAGAGCCGCGUUGACAGGAAAGGAGGUCAAGUCAUGUGAACGCACAGAACUAAGGUUGGAUACAGUUUCAUUUGGAGAGGACCUGUAUAGGAGUCCUAGAGCGCCUGUGGACUUUUGCUUGAUGUCUUUUCUAUUCAAUUCAGAACAUCUGGCACCGCUUCGAUGCCUUCUGUCAGAUAGCGCUGUACAGUAUCCGCCUGCUCCGCAUAAAACUUCUGCAUUGUCUCAUCGUUGACGUAACCCAUGUGUGGCGAGAGAACAACAAGGGAUCGGCCAUCUUGUCCCCAAGCAGUGGUACGCCAUAGACUUUCCAGGGGAAGAGGCUCAACAUCGAACACGUCUAGAGCUGCACCUCUGAUGGCACCUCGAUUGAGUGCAUCAAGCAGAGCUUUCUCGUUGAUCAGGAGGCCACGAGAAGUGUUGACCAAUAUCGCGUUCUUUUUCAUCAUAGCAAUCUCGGCUGCGCCAAUCG